AGUCCGCUGGACGCCCCGGUUUGCAGCGGGAGCCGCGAUCGCCUCCUCCUCCUCGCUUCCCAAGCAUCCCGGGCGACCGCGACCACCAGCAGGAGGAGGAGGAGGGCGACCACCGAAAGGGGAGACGACGGCCGCUCCCCCCCUCCCCAAAUCCCCGCGCCGGAGCAUCCUCGCCCAGCGCAGCUCUCACCCGCCGCCCGUCUGGCUCCGCGCAGAUCUGAGCGUCUGACGAUGCGCAUUCCAGGCUGAGCCCCGAGCGCACCUGGAGGGCUUUCCCUCCAGUGGGUCUUGAGGAGUUACUGGCGGCAGGGAGCAGCCUUCUCUAUUGGGGAGGGUGGAAACUCAGCUCGGCUUGCCCCAGACGGCUCCGGAGGAAGAUGCUGUAUGCCAGCCUGUGAGAGGCUCCUUCCCUUGUGGGAAGGGGACCGUCCGAAGGACUUCCGUGGCCCUCCCCUACGCAAGCAGAACCUCCCCCCUUCCUCCUGCCGGCCUCACCGGCUCUUUUGUCUAAGGAGCAACCCUUGGACCGGCCUUCCCCCCAUGGGAUUUUGCUCUCCUCCUGUCUCAUGAGGAUUUGAGGGCGUCCCCGAGGGGGCCCCCGCUUGACAGUGGGCCUGCCAUGGCGAAGUCGGUUUGUUUGCUGGUGCCUCUGGCGUUGCUGGUGGGCUUGGUCCUGGGCCCCGGAGCCGGGGGAGCAGCUUUGGAGUUUGGGGGCAUGCCGGGGCAGUGGGCUCGCUAUGCCCGGUGGGAUGCCAGUUCCUCUGGGGAGCUGAGCUUCAGCAUCAAGACCAACGUGUCUCGCGCGCUGGUCUUGUACCUGGAUGACGGGGGCAACUGUGACUUCCUGGAACUCUUGAUCUUGGAGGGCCGUUUCCGCUUGCGCUUCACCAUCUCCUGCGCGGAGCCGGCCAGCCUGCACCUGGAGACCCCCAUCAACGACGACCGCUGGCACAUGGUGCUCUUGACCCGCAACUACCGGGAGACCAUGCUGGUGGUGGACGGCGAAGCCCGGGUAGCCGAAGUCAAAUCGAAGCGGCGCGACAUGGCGGUGGAUAGCGAUCUCUUUGUGGGCGGCAUCCCGCCGGACGUCCGCUUGUCGGCCCUGACGCUCAGCACGGUCAAGUACGAGAUGCCCUUCCGCGGGAUGGUGGCCAAUCUCAAAGUGGGAGACAUGCCCCCCGCCCUCUUGGGUAGCCAGGGCAUCCGCAGCGACAUGGAAUACCUGUGUGCCAAGCAGAAUCCCUGCAUCAAUGGUGGGAUUUGUACUGUGGUCAACGGCGAAGUGCAGUGUGAUUGCCGCCUCACCGGCUUCCAGGGCAAGUUUUGCAGCGAAGAAGAGCUCACGAUGGAAGGGAAAGAAGAAUUUGUGGCGACGUUCAAAGGGAACGAGUUCUUCUGCUACGACCUUUCGCACAACCCCAUUCAAAGCAGCACCGACGAGAUCACCCUGUCCUUCCGCACCCUGCAGCGCAACGGCCUGAUGCUCCACACCGGGAAGUCAGCCGACUACGUCAACCUCUCGCUCAAGAGCGGCGCCGUCUGGCUGGUGAUCAACCUUGGCUCCGGCGCUUUCGAGGCGCUGGUGGAGCCAGUCAACGGCAAGUUCAAUGACAACAACUGGCACGACAUUCGUGUGACUAGAAACCUGCGCCAGGUGACUAUCUCCGUGGACGGAAUCCUGACCACCACCGGAUACACCCAGGAGGACUAUACCAUGCUGGGCUCGGAUGACUUCUUCUACAUCGGAGGGAGUCCCAACACGGCGGAUUUGCCCGGCUCCCCCGUCAGCAACAAUUUUAUGGGAUGCCUCAAGGAUGUGGUCUACAAGAACAAUGACUUCAAACUGGAGUUGUCACGCUUGGCCAAGGAAGGAGACCCUAAGAUGAAGAUCAACGGGGACCUUGUCUUCCGUUGCGAGAACGUCGCUGCCCUCGAUCCGGUCACCUUCGAGUCCCCCGAGGCGUACAUUUCCCUGCCCAAAUGGAACACCAAGAAGACCGGCUCCAUCUCCUUCGAUUUCCGGACCACCGAACCCAACGGGCUCCUCCUCUUCAGCCACGGCCGGCUUCAGCCCCCCAAGGAGAGCCGGUCAGAGCGCAUGCACAAGGCCGAUUAUUUUGCCAUGGAGCUUCUGGACGGAUACCUUUACCUGCUGCUGGACAUGGGUUCGGGGGGCAUCAAAAUGCGGGCCAGCACCAAGAAGGUGAACGACGGGGAGUGGUGCCACGUGGACUUUCAGCGCGAUGGGCGCAAGGGUUCCAUCUCGGUCAACAGCCGCAGCACCCCCUUCCUGGCCAGUGGGGACAGCGAGAUCUUGGACCUGGACAGCGAGAUGUACCUGGGGGGCCUCCCCGAAAACCGCCUGGACCUCAUCCUGCCCCCGGAGGUCUGGACGGCCUUCCUGAACUACGGCUACGUGGGUUGCGUGCGGGACCUUUUCAUCGACGGCAAGAGCCGGGACGUGCGCCGCUUGGCCGAGGUGCAGAGCGUCUCUGGGGUCUCCAGCUUCUGCUCCCGGGAGACCCUCAAGCAAUGCGGCAGCUCCCCCUGUCACAACGGAGGCCUGUGCCGGGAGGGCUGGAACCGCUUCAUCUGCGACUGCUUGGGCACCGGCUACCUAGGCCGGCUGUGUGAGAGAGAGGCCACCGUGCUCAGCUACGACGGGAGCAUGUACAUGAAAAUCAUGCUGCCUACGGUCAUGCACACCGAGGCCGAAGACGUGUCCCUCCGGUUUAUGUCGCAGCGAGCGUACGGCUUCAUGAUGGCCACCACCUCCAAGGAAUCGGCCGACACGCUUCGCCUCGAGCUGGACGGGGGGCAGAUGAAGCUCACGGUCAACCUAGACUGUGUCAGGAUAGGCUGUAACCCCAGUAAAGGGCCAGAAACGCUCUUUGCUGGCCAUAAACUCAAUGACAACGAGUGGCACACCGUCCGGGUGGUCCGGCGUGGGAAGAACCUGCAGCUGUCCGUGGACAAUGUCACCGUGGAAGGGCAGAUGGCGGGCGCCCACACCCGCCUGGAGUUCCACAACAUCGAGACGGGCAUCAUGACGGAGCGGCGGUUCAUCUCCAUGGUGCCCUCCAACUUCAUCGGCCACCUGAGCAGCCUGGUUUUCAACGGGAUGCCCUACAUGGACCUCUGCAAGAACGGCGACAUCAGCUACUGCGAGCUCAACGCCCGCUUCGGCCUGCGCAGCAUCAUCGCCGACCCGGUGACCUUCAAAAGCAAAGCCAGCUACCUGGCGCUGGCCACGCUGCAAGCCUACGCCUCCAUGCACCUCUUCUUCCAGUUCAAGACCACGGCCACCGACGGGCUCAUCCUCUUCAACAGCGGCAACGGGAACGACUUCAUCGUGGUGGAGCUGGUCAAAGGGUACAUCCACUACGUUUUCGACCUGGGCAACGGGCCGUCGCUGAUGAAGGGGAAUUCAGACAAGCCGGUGAACGACAACCAAUGGCACAACGUCAUUGUGUCCCGCGACACGAGUAACGUCCACACCCUGAAGAUCGACUCGCGCACCGUCACACAGCACUCCAACGGGGCCCGCAACCUGGACCUCAAAGGGGAGCUGUACAUAGGAGGCUUGAGCAAGAGCAUGUUCAACAACCUGCCCAAACUGGUUGCCUCUCGGGACGGUUUCCAGGGCUGCUUGGCCUCCGUGGACCUCAACGGCCGACUCCCAGACCUCAUCGCCGACGCCCUGCACCGUAUCGGGCACGUCGAGAGGGGCUGUGACGGCCCCAGCACCACCUGUACGGAGGACUCCUGCGCCAACCAGGGCGUCUGCCUUCAGCAAUGGGACGGCUACACGUGUGACUGUACCAUGACCUCCUACGGCGGCCCGGUGUGCAAUGACCGUGAGUAG